CCAUGACUGCUGUUCUCGCUGCUUUAUACAAGCCUGAGCAUCCUAGUUUUGGAAAACCUAGCUUGAUCUCUUGUGUCUUAGCCUCUUGGACCCAUAUAUAUAGCACACGUUGGACGCUCUCGCAUCGUGGACUAGAUUCCCUGACGGUUAGGUUCUCGUCUUAGCUGAUCGGAUAUCGUGGAAGCCUAGACAUAUCGACUCCCGAGUUCCGAUAAGCAAAGCGUCGCCACUGAGUGCAAGUAAUGCUAGUAACCACGCAUGCUCGUCAAAUGAACCGGAAACCCUUAAACAGGCAGAAAACAGAGCGACACUGUUAGGCGAAAUGCUUGCGGCCGCGGGAACCCCUGUUGAAAAGGUAGCAGUAGCGGAGCGUCCGCAAGCUGCGGAAAUGGCUGAAUCCCCUCAAACGGCUGAAACAGAAUCAUCCCCGCAACCUGUAGGAGCGGGGACUCCGCAAGCCGCGGAAGCAUCAGCGCCGGAAUCAUCAGCGGAACCAUCAGCGGAAGCAUCAGCCGAAGCAUUAGCACCGGAGGCAUCAGCAGUGACAUUAGCGUCGGCAUCAGCGGCCGAGUUACCAGAAGCUGGCAGAAGUCAAGGUGAAGCUAACCUUGGAGGCGAUCAAGAGCAACCUACUAUCAUUGGAGAUCAGGCUCAAGCUCCAGCUCGGUCAGUUCUUGCCGCACCUAGCAUCGCCGCACGCCUAGCUCCGAAAGGGCCAAUCACAGACGCGCGCAACGGGCAAGACGCCGCGAACACCUCAGCACGGCACCGCGAGCUCGUGGACGCCACGGGCCAGCUGCUGUUCCUGGCGAGCCGCGGAAUAGUAGACGGAGUUAUUGACCUAUUGGACCGCGGAGUUAGUCCGGAUUUGGCGGACUAUGACGGGCGGACGGCGCUGCACCUGGCGGCGAGCGAGGGGAAGGUUGACGUUGUGAGGCUGCUGUUGGAGCGAGGGGCUGAUGUGAACCCCAAGGAUCGGCAUGGGAACACGCCCUUGGCAGAUGCGCAGUCGUACGGGUCAGCGGAGAUAUGCCGACUGCUCAAGGACAACGGGGGCUUGCUCUGUGAGAGCGCGCGCAUACGCAAUGCAGCAUCCAACUCGUUCGGCAACCACGACUACGAGAUCGACGGGUCUGAGAUCGACCUGGGGAUGUCCAAGGUCAUUGGCGAGGGGUCGUUUGGAGAGGUGCGGCUGGCGAGCUGGAGAGGCACACCCAUUGCUGUGAAGGUGCUGAGAGACGAAUACGCUGCCGAUCCUGCUGCUCUCAACGAGUUUCGACAGGAGCUGCGCAUUCUGCAGUCACUAAGACACCCCAACAUAGUGCAGUUCCUAGGGGCGGUUACCAAGUCCCGGCCACGCAUGAUCGUUACAGAGUACCUCAAGGUGAAUCUGAGGGAUGUCAUUCGCAAGAAAGGUGCUUUGCCUGCUCAAGAGGCUCUGCGCUAUGCCCUCGAUGUUGCCAGAGGCAUGUGCUAUCUGCACGCACACCGGCCAGACCCCGUCAUUCACAGGGACUUGACUCCCAGCAAUCUCUUGCGCGACGACUCGGGUCAUCUCAAGGUGGCGGAUUUUGGGCUUUCGAGCAUCAGAGCCACCGCUGCCGCACCCCUCACUCCCUCCACGGGAAUGGGAGGAAUGGGGAUGGGCAUGGGUGCAUCAAAUAUCGUGUCUCUCUUCCAGCCCACCUUCUCGCGCCGACUCGUCUUCUCCAAACACAGCCACCGGCUGUACUCUGCGCCAGAGCUACUAGCGCAGCAGGAGUACGGCAAGAGUGUGGACGUUUACUCGUUUGGAGUCAUUCUCUUUGAGAUGUUUGAGGGAUAUGACAAGAUCCGCCAAUUGCUACCUGGGGGGACCAACCAUGGAGGCAAUCUCUUUCCACUGGCACUUAGCAGCAGCAGUCACAGCAAUCUGGAGCAUGGGGCGGAGGGGGGGGCAGGGGGGAGUCACCACAGCGGCGGGGGGAGCUACCAUGGUGGGGGGAGUUUUAGGGGUGGAGGGUUCUUUAGGGUGGGGAGUGCGGAGGAGAGAGGGAAGGAGGGGGGUUCUGCUUCUGGGAGUGGUGCUGCUGCCAGUACUGGUGCCUCUACUGGUGCUGCCGGUGCUGCUGGUGCUGGUGAUGCGGGUGCUUCUGCUGGUGGUGCUGCUGUUGCUGCUGGUGCUGGUGGUGGGAGUGAGGUGGAGGUACCAGCAGAAGCAGCGAGCGCGUUUGACAUUGCCCCUGCCUUCACCAGGCGCACCUACCCUGUGGGGAUGAAAGAACUCAUAACGGAUUGCUGGAAUGGUGAUCCUGCGUCGCGGCCGUCAUUUGCCCGCAUUAUAGAAAUACUGGAGCAGAUUAAGGAGGAGAUGACCGGGCCUGGGAAGGGCUCGAAAGCCAAGGCAUCUGGCCCUGCAUGCUGUACAGUCUUGUAACCGUGUAACCGUGAUGUGGUGAAGCACGGUCUUGUGUUGGGAGCAGUGUGUAGCCUGUUUUGCGGCAACAAAAGAACCUCGUUAUUGCAUGAAGAAAAGCGUGCAUAAUUAGUGUGAGGUAGAUGCAAUUGUGCGAAGAAAGAGAAGGACCUCCAGCCAAAAUGAUGGCACGUCUGCCCAGUUCGGUCGACAUUUUAGAAA